GUGGGCAUUGAGUGUUUAUGUCAGUGUCUGACUCCUCCCUUCCCCAGCACUGACAGAAAAUACACCUCAGUGAAGCACAUUCUAACAAUUAGAUUAACAAUAUGCUAUAACACAACCCCCAACACAACAGACGCACAACAUAAUGUGUUACACUGUAAUGUAAUAACAUACAUUGUACUGCCCGACUUGCACAAACACUGAAACUAAGUAAGGUACAGCAGAUAGAGACACAAAAAGGCCCAGUUUAGCACAAAAAAGACACACAAAUAACAACAGCUGCUGCCUGCCAAUAUGUAUUACUGCAACGGAGAGAACUGCAACCAGACCGACAACGCCAAGGAUAAAGGACAUCCAAGGAACUUGAUACCUGAACUUUGCAGACAGUUUUACAGCUUGGGCUGGGUUACUGGAACUGGAGGGGGCAUCAGCCUGAAGUAUGGAGACGAGAUUUACAUUGCACCAUCUGGAGUCCAAAAGGAGAGAAUUCAGCCAGACGACCUGUUUGUUUGCGACAUUGAUGAAAGAGACAUUAGCUGCCCUCCGCCAUACAGAAACUUGAAGAAGAGCCAGUGCACACCGCUUUUUAUGAAUGCUUACACCAUGAGAGAGGCCGGCGCUGUCAUCCACACUCACUCUAAGGCUGCCGUUAUGGCCACAUUGCUCUUCCCAGGGAAGGAAUUCCGGAUCACGCAUCAAGAAAUGAUCAAAGGGAUAAAGAAGUGUACCUCUGGCGGCUAUUACAGGUAUGACGACCUUCUAGUGGUCCCCAUCGUCGAGAACACUCCGGAGGAGAAGGACCUCAAGGAUCGCAUGGCGAGAGCAAUGAUGGAGUAUCCCGACUCUUGUGCGGUUCUUGUGCGUCGCCACGGCGUGUACGUCUGGGGAGACUCCUGGGAGAAAGCAAAAACCAUGUGCGAGUGCUAUGAUUACCUUUUUGAGAUCGCGGUGCAAAUGAAGCAACACGGCCUGGACCCUUCUGCUCUUCCUACCGAGGAAAAGGGAAUAGUUUAAAUCCCACCCCACACCAUCGAUACGUCAAUCAUAGAUCCACAAGUAACAGCACCGGAGCUCCGCAGAGGCAAAGAUCCCAUACCCUGCUAAGUGCUUAUUACGUUUUUUGUCAUUCUCCCGUCCCCGUCAUCUUUCGCUGUAUCCUCUCUGUACCGAUAAUCUAAAAAUGAGUGAAAAACUGUGAAACCUGUUCCAAUAAGAGGGGUCACUGCUUCGCAGACAGCUCAAAUUUGGUUAAACCUGGCCAUUUUUAAGGCCUUUAUUUAUAAAGGUGCAACAAAUCAAGGAGGCCACUGUUCAAAAACUGUGAAGCUUCAUACUGUUAGCAAGGCACAGGGGCGAACUUCCACCCCUCUGCCCCAACACGGUGACCUACCGUAGGCUUAGGGAUACUUGUAGCGUUUAAAUUAAAUCCAUAGCUAUGCACUUUGCUUCAUUCCAUUUGCCUCGUGAAGUACAAAACAUUUUAAUGAUCUAUCCAGGAAGCCAAAUUUUAGAGAAGGGGGGGCUUGUUGUGAAUAGAGUUACAUUUUACUGUCAUACCAGAUUCCGCCAAAUCUAUCAAAUCUGAUUAUAAAAAUAAAGCACAAUAAAGCAGGCGAUGAUAAUUGACCCUCCCUUCCUUUGGGUUAGUCCUGGUAGGCUAGACUUUUACUGAUGUACUAUGUUUUUAAACGUGUGUGACGAGUGGAGUUAUCGCAAUGUGUUAUGAACGUUGUACGACGUUGUUUAAAUCUCACAUGAUGCAAAAAUAGUAAAAAAAAGAAGAAAAAAAAAAUAACCUCAGCUUUCUUUUUCAAGGUGCUUCGGAAUCAAACCGUUACCCACUAUAGUGUUUGGUAAAUGAACGAUUAAUGUUAUUUUCUGAUGCGUACCUCCUGCGGAAGGAGUGCUGGGUUACCAAAA